GAUUUGUAUUUCUGGUUGUUCUUCUCGCCAUUUGCGGCAAAGGCAAGCGCCAUGGCUCUCCUCGCUCGAACCUCGGCUCAUCGGAUUCCUCUCCAGCUCGCCUCGGCUCAGCGAGCCCUGGCCCUUCACACCACCGUUCCUUCUCUCUCCUCCACCAGCAGCGGUAGCGCUCCCACCACGUAUGCUCGAGCCCCACCGCCUUCGGCCACGUCGCCGGCCGGGGUCUCGAAGGCCGCGGAGUUCGUGAUCUCGAAGGUUGACGAUCUGAUGAACUGGGCCCGGCGUGGCUCCAUCUGGCCCAUGACAUUCGGUCUGGCUUGCUGCGCCGUCGAGAUGAUGCAUACCGGCGCCGCUCGUUACGACUUGGACAGAUUCGGUAUCAUCUUCAGGCCCAGCCCUAGGCAGUCCGACUGCAUGAUCGUGGCCGGUACUCUUACCAACAAGAUGGCUCCCGCUCUUCGCAAGGUCUACGACCAAAUGCCUGAGCCUAGGUGGGUUAUCUCUAUGGGAAGCUGUGCAAAUGGUGGUGGAUACUACCACUACUCGUAUGCUGUUGUCCGGGGUUGCGAUAGGAUCGUCCCUGUUGACAUCUAUGUUCCAGGUUGCCCUCCCACUGCUGAAGCUCUACUGUACGGGCUUCUUCAGUUACAGAAGAAGAUCGGCAGGCGCAAAGAUUUCCUCCACUGGUGGACCAAAUAAGAAGAGCGCCUCGCCUCGCCUCCUACUCAUGUUGGAUAUCUCUGGCCAUGUUUCAGUGGUAAUAAUAAAAUUAGUAAGGGAUGCUUUGCCCUGUAUAAGAACUGUGUAGAGCAAUAUCUGUUCAUGUUAUGAGUUUAAAUAACACAAGACAAGACAAGCUGUUACGAAUUUACCUGUAUUUCUCGCUUUUUUCCAGAGCUUUCGCAGUACCUGCAGAUUAAGUAAACAUACUAUAUUCUUUGGUUUUC